CUCUUCCUUUCUCUCUUUCCCGCCUCCCGCUACCAGCUCGCGCUUUCUCGACUCCGGUCUGGCCUCCCCGCGGCGCCCCGCGCCCGCUCCCCUCCCCCGCUCCAGCCCUUUGUUUCCCGGCGGAGUAUUUCCUGGGUUGCCGAGCGUCUCUGUCUCCGCAUCUCUCCUCGCUCCGCCUCCUCCCAGCCUGGAUCCGCCCGCCUGCGGUCUCUCCACCCCUUCCUCCCCGCUGCCCCUCAGGCCCAGAGGGGCUGGGGGACCCCCCUUCUACCCGGCCCCGGUCGGCUACCCUCUCCCGGCCGGGCUUCGGGCUCCCCGGGAGGCCGGCGCCCCCGCCGCCGCCCCCGCCAGGUCCCGGGGAGGGGGGCCAGGUGGGCGGGCACUAUUGUUUUAGGAGCCGGCGCCGGAUUCCACGGCGGCGCUCGGGGUGGCACCGGCAGGGUUUGGGGGGUGGGGUGGGGGGAGCGGCGAUUCGAGCUCCGAGCAGCUGGUCUUCGCGGCUCGCUCCCUCCUUCGCGCUCGCUCGCUCGCUCGCUCCGCGCUGCCGUCCGCAGGGCUGCGGGGCUCAGAGGCAUCUCCCGGGCGCGGCCCGCGGUCCUCGCCCCUGCCUCGGGGCUGCUCCCGCCCCCGGCGCCGCCCGCUUUCCCCCACCCGGACUCCCCCAUGUAUGACGACUCCUACGUGCCCGGGUUUGAGGACUCGGAGGCGGGUUCAGCCGACUCCUAUACCAGCCGCCCAUCUCUGGACUCAGACGUGUCCCUGGAGGAGGACCGGGAGAGUGCCCGGCGGGAAGUGGAGAGUCAGGCCCAGCAGCAGCUGGAGAGAGCCAAGCACAAACCUGUGGCAUUUGCUGUGAGGACCAAUGUCAGCUACUGUGGUGUACUGGACGAGGAGUGCCCAGUCCAGGGCUCUGGAGUCAACUUUGAGGCCAAAGAUUUUCUGCACAUUAAAGAGAAGUACAGCAAUGACUGGUGGAUCGGUCGGCUAGUGAAAGAGGGCGGGGACAUCGCCUUCAUCCCCAGCCCCCAGCGCCUGGAGAGCAUCCGGCUCAAGCAGGAGCAGAAGGCCAGGAGAUCCGGAAACCCUUCCAGCCUGAGUGACAUUGGCAACCGACGCUCCCCUCCUCCAUCUCUAGCCAAGCAGAAGCAAAAACAGGCAGAACAUGUUCCCCCAUACGAUGUGGUGCCCUCCAUGCGGCCUGUGGUGCUGGUGGGACCCUCUCUGAAAGGUUAUGAGGUCACAGACAUGAUGCAGAAGGCUCUCUUUGACUUCCUCAAACAUAGGUUUGAUGGCAGGAUCUCCAUCACCCGAGUCACAGCUGACCUCUCGCUGGCAAAGCGCUCUGUGCUCAACAAUCCUGGCAAGAGGACCAUCAUUGAGCGAUCAUCCGCCCGCUCCAGCAUCGCUGAAGUACAGAGUGAGAUUGAGCGCAUUUUUGAGCUGGCCAAAUCCCUGCAGCUGGUAGUAUUGGAUGCUGACACCAUCAACCACCCAGCACAGCUGGCCAAGACCUCACUGGCCCCCAUCAUUGUGUUUGUCAAAGUAUCCUCACCAAAGGUACUCCAGCGUCUCAUCCGCUCCCGAGGGAAGUCACAGAUGAAGCACCUGACUGUGCAGAUGAUGGCAUAUGAUAAGCUGGUUCAGUGCCCACCAGAGUCCUUUGAUGUGAUUUUGGAUGAGAACCAGCUGGAGGAUGCCUGUGAGCACCUGGCUGAGUACCUGGAAGUUUACUGGCGUGCCACCCACCACCCAACCCCCAGUCCUGGACUUCUGGGUCCUCCCAGUGCCAUCCCUGGACUUCAGAACCAGCAGCUGCUGGGGGAGCGUGGCGAGGAACACUCACCCCUCGAGCGGGACAGCUUGAUGCCCUCAGAUGAGGCCAGCGAGAGCUCCCGCCAAGCCUGGACAGGAUCCUCGCAGCGUAGCUCCCGCCACCUGGAGGAGGACUAUGCAGACGCCUACCAGGACCUGUACCAGCCUCACCGCCAACACACCUCUGGGCUGCCUAGUGCUAACGGGCAUGACCCCCAAGACCGGCUCCUCGCCCAGGACUCGGAGAACAACCACAAUGAGCGGAACUGGCAGCGCAACCGGCCCUGGCCCAAGGAUAGCUACUGACCGCCUCCUGCUGUCCUGCCCUGGCAGGCACAGGCACAGCUGGCUGGGGCACCCACUCCAGGCAGGUUGGCAUUAGACUGGCACUAGGCUCAGCCCCUCACAACCCCCUGCCCAGCUCCAGGGCUGCCUGUGAUCCUAAGGUUCUUGGAAAUGCAGGGUCCCCCUUACCUCCUGGGCAGUGACCCCCCUAAGCUCCCAUUCCAGGUACUAGCUGUGUGUGCUGCACCCCUGGCACCUUCCUCUCCUCCUGCACAAGAAGCUGCCCCACUGGGCAGUGCCCUCAGGCCAGGAUCCCCUUAGCAGGGACCUUCCCACCAGACUCAGGGAAGGGAUGCCCCCUCAAAGUGACAAGAGGUUGGGGUGUGGGCAACAUGACAUGAGGAAGAAACAAGGCUCCGGAGCAGACACAAGUCCUAACAGUCAGAGGAUUCAGGCUUUGUGCUUUGGGGUCUGAGGACCUCCACUCACCUCACUGCCACUCGAGAAGAGAGACAAUCAGAGCCCAACAGGGUGGCACUCCCACCCAUCAGCUGGGGAGGCAUCUACGUACAAGGCUGGGGUAGCAGGCUGGCUGGGCUGGGGCCAAAGGCCUUACAGCUGAGGGUCUGGAAUGGGAGGGUCUCCUCACCCUGCCAGGAAUCUUCCUAACAUCUGACGGCACCAGGGACAGGAGCUGACCCGAGUUGAGGGUUUGGGAAGGGAGCGCAUGUGUAGCAGAGACCGUAUGGAACAGCUUUGGGGGCCUCCUUGCCCCCCUCAUCCUUUUGCUCUUGCAUCCUGUCAUUUCUGUUCUUGGCCCUCGUGCCUCCUGGGGCAUAUGGGCCCCAACCUUUAUUCCCUCAUUCAUAGCUGCUGCUUGUUAUGUUCCGGUUAGGUGGAGAGAGACACAGUGGACGGCCCUCAGAGGCCCUGUCUACCCGGCUACCCUUGCCUUAUGGCUCUAGUGUGUGACCUACAGAGCAUGCUCCACAAGACCCUGACCCACCUCACUGUCAUCACUAAUAAACACCAUGCACAG